AUGCGGCCCGCCUUGGCAGCUGCCCCCAAGGCAACCUGCUUUAAGGACCCUACUCAGGGCCAGAAGAGGCCCAGUAGCCGCGAGCUGCGCCUGGAGAGCAUCAAGUCGCAGAUCCUGAGCAAACUGCGGCUCAAGGAGGCGCCCAACAUCAGCCGCGAGGUGGUAAAGCAGCUGCUGCCCAAGGCGCCGCCGCUGCAGCAGAUCCUGGACCUGCACGACUUCCAAGGCGACGCUCUACAGCCGGAGGACUUCCUGGAGGAGGACGAGUAUCACGCCACCACCGAGACCGUCAUUAGUAUGGCCCAAGAGACGGAUCCCGCAGUGCAGACAGAUGGCAGCCCUCUCUGCUGCCAUUUCCACUUCAGCCCCAAGGUGAUGUUCACAAAGGUGCUGAAGGCCCAGCUGUGGGUAUACCUAAGGCCUGUGCCCCGCCCAGCCACAGUCUACCUGCAGAUCUUGCGACUGAAACCACUAUCUGGGGAAGGGACAGCAGGGGGAGGGGGCGGAGGCCGGCGUCACAUCCGUAUCCGCUCACUCAAGAUUGAGCUGCACUCGCGCUCCGGCCACUGGCAGAGCAUCGACUUCAAGCAAGUGCUACACAGCUGGUUCCGCCAGCCGCAGAGCAACUGGGGCAUCGAGAUCAACGCCUUUGACCCCAGUGGGACAGACCUGGCUGUCACCUCCCUGGGGCCAGGAGCUGAGGGGCUGCAUCCUUUCAUGGAGCUUCGCGUCCUAGAGAACACAAAACGGUCCCGGAGGAACCUGGGCCUGGACUGCGAUGAGCACUCAAGCGAGUCCCGUUGCUGUCGAUAUCCCCUCACAGUGGACUUUGAGGCUUUUGGCUGGGACUGGAUCAUCGCACCUAAGCGCUACAAGGCCAACUACUGCUCUGGCCAAUGCGAGUACAUGUUCAUGCAAAAAUACCCACACACCCACUUGGUGCAACAGGCCAAUCCAAGAGGCUCUGCUGGGCCCUGCUGUACCCCUACCAAGAUGUCCCCAAUCAACAUGCUCUACUUCAAUGACAAGCAGCAGAUUAUCUACGGCAAGAUCCCUGGCAUGGUGGUGGAUCGCUGUGGCUGCUCCUAAGGUGGGGGACAGAGGAUGCCUCCCCCACAGACCCUACCCCGAGAUCCUCCCAGCCCUGACCCCAAACCCCCAAGCCCUAGAUCUCCCUCCACCUCUUCCCAUGAGCAUCACACCUUGUUCCCUGACCAAGCAGUGUGCAAUACAACAGAGGGAGGAAGGUGGGGAUUGAGGGGUGAAGAGUUUGGGGGAAUGAGGGAGAAGGGGUAUGGUCAGGGUGGGAGUGUUUGAGGUAUGCAGGUGAGAAAGUUUGGUAAGAAGACAGAGAGAUGUAGAGACAGAGAGGUAGAGAGAGAGGAACAAAAAGAACAGUGGUGAGAAGGCAAAGGGAUAGAGAAGCAGACGAGACAGAGACUAGGCAGAGACAAACACUGAGAAAGAGACCGAAAUGGAGUAAUAAAUGAAAACCCCACACCAAGCCUCCUUUCUUCCACUGGCAAGGUGAGGGGCUUGGUAUAGUUUGGGGAGAUCCCCUGACUACUCAAUAGGAGAAAUCAAAAGCCCAUUCUUAGCUUCUUCUUUCUCUCCCUCCAACAGUAGCCAGGGGAAGGGAAGAAAGGUCAGGAGCAAAAGUUAAGGACUUGGGAAUUUUAUUUAUUUAUUUAUUGUGACUUUUCAUUUUUUUUUUGGUAUUUGGCUUUACUGGAAUAGGAGGGCCCCUGCCCACUGUGCCCCUAUUAGUCCCUUAGCCCCAAACCCUGCUCUUCCUCAAUACCCACCCACUUAAGCACUUGUAUAAAGCCUCCAGGGUUGGGAAUGGGAGUAAAGGGCAAGAGGGCUGAUACAUGGAAGUUUCUCACCCAUAAUCACCCUAACUCAACCUUCCUGAGCCAAACUGGUUGAAGUAUAGCCAGUGAUCAUGGAAAUAGUAAGAGGUUAGGGUUUAUGAGCUGGGAGGGGGAACCCUCAACAUCCAGGAUCUAUAUGAGAGCCACAAACCUAACCCUCAGGUCCACCUUCGUGGCAUAAUUAGCCAGAGGGUGCAGCCUGCUUAUGCCCAAAUUCCCCUCAGCCAAGAGAGACCAAAGAGCCUGUGGAAUGCCCCUGCUCCCAGCCUCUAUCUUCAGGUCAAUAAAAAAAAAAAAAGUAUAGAGAUCUCAGAGUCCCCAGGUCUGGGGAAGGUCAGGAGGGGUCAAGAAAGGAGUAGUGAGGCUGAAGGUAGUUACAGGGCAUUUGAAUCCAAAUCACUGCUCUGGGGUAGGAAAUAGAGCCAGCAGACCAAGGUGGAAAGGAUUCUGGAGGGGGGACGUUUUGGUCCCCCAACCCCAAAGCUCAGGGUGGAAGGGGAGAGAACAAGGGAGCAGAGUGUCUAUAAUUAUUUUUAUCUCUUAUUUUUGGAAUCUAGCAGUACCUGGCAGCAGGGAGGGGAUAGUAGAGUGGGGGAAAGCAUCUGCGAAGGCCAGUUAGGACAAAGGAUGGGAAGGAUGAAGACUCCCUGAUUUGGAAGGCUAGGAAGCAGGCAGACUGGUUGCCACUUCAAGUCACUAGCUGGGCCCAUUCGUUCCUCCCACAAUCCUGACUCACCCUCCUCUGGACGCACUGUGCCUCAGUUUCUUCCCCUCGAUGGAAUGAGAAAUAGUAGCACCCGCCACAGCCAAGAGAUGAAUUCUGAGCACUUACCACGGGCACUUUAUGGACAUAAAAUACCUCUCGCUGUGGGACAGAUAACCAGGGCACCAGAGUAGUGGUGAAGACGUGAGGCUUAGAGGAGUCACGGGCUUCAGUGUACAAAUUCCCCUCUGCCUCCCAGCUGGACAAUGCCUGAAGCCAAGGAGUUGAGAAUCUCCUGAUUCAUACCCUAUCCAUACCUCACCGCUAGACCUCCUGGCUCCAGGAAAGAGCCUGAGAUAACAGGCAAAGAGGGGGGGAAGAACCUUCAGCAAAAUGAUCACUAAAUAUAGCCAGCAGUUAUGGGUCUGAUAGAAACAGUACUGAACUAAAGAAAAGUCUAAGCUGGAGAGGAGAGCUGGAAUGCUUGUUCUUUCCAAGAGCACGACUCUCCCAAUUGGUACAGACAGUACAAGGGGCAAAGGUGUGUGGCUGCCCUUGGGAAAGCGAUGCUGAUGUGCUUUAGCAUCCUAUUCCUAUUCUCACAGUGAGAAAGCAAGAUAAGGUGUUUGAGUAGAGAAAUAGGAGGGGCUGUUAAGCUUUUCAACUUGCCUUCUUCCAUUAUAGCAGCUAUGCUAACCCCAAGCCUCUCCUCUCUGGCCCUGUUCUUCCUCCUUCCUUCUGCCCCUAUCUUGGAGAACAAGAUACAUCUGAUCAUCAACACCAUUCACAUUUCCUUUGUGGAAUAAGAGGAACAGAGAAGUGAAGAACAGAAGAUGCUUUUCUCCGAGGUCAAAUGCCUCUUAAUCUUGGCACAGGGUUGGGAUUGGGCAAUAGGCAUCAGGUAACUUCCUGCUACAAAUUCCAGACUUGGGACAUUAAACUUGGGGGACACUUAGAAUAUUGCCCCUUUAAUACCACCAAAUAAAGACCUUUGUGUGUG